CCCGAAAGCAAUCUCUCGGUCUUAGUAUUUACGUCAGUGAUUUAUUAAUCCGAAUGGUUCGCAUCAUUACCCGUCCCCUCUUAUCCGUGGGACACUGUACACAACUGGUCCAGCUGAGAGCUGUUACACCUGUUCCUUUUCCGCUUCCGAUAUCUUUAGCUUCACUUCCACUGCUAUCAUUUCCUUCACAUCGUGCUCUGUUUAGCACCACUACAAUUGCUCCUACUUUGUCGUCCGCAGCUGAAAGGGUCAAGAUGUCGUCCGAAGGUGCAGCAGUAAAGCGACAGAGGUCCAACAAGGAUGUGCCCUACAACCUCAUUUACUGGCCAGGAAUUCCCGGCCGCGGAGAGUUCAUCCGGCUUACCCUCGAGGAAGCCGGUGCUGAGUACGUCGACACGGCCCAGGUCGAGGGAGGCAUCGACGAGGUGAUGGCUUAUGUCAAGGGCGAGAAACCCGACGACAAAACCAACCCUCCCAUCUUUGCGCCGCCCAUUCUCAAGCACGGUGACCUUGUCAUCAGCCAGACGCCCAAUAUUUUGCUGUAUCUAGGCCCGCGAUUGGGUCUCGUACCCGGUGUUGAGGACGAUCCGGAUGCUCUAUACAAGGUCAACGAGCUGGCACUUACGGCGCUGGAUGGAUUGAGCAACGAGCCGCACGACUGCCAUCAUCCUAUUGCGUCGGAGCUGUAUUACGAGGACCAAAAGGAAGAGGCCAAACGGAAGGUCGAGCAUUACGUCAAGACACGGUUACCCAAGUUUCUCGGUUACUUCGAAAGAGUCCUCAACUCCAAGGCCAGCGGUGAGGGCCCUUACCUCUACGCAGGCAAGCUGUCAUAUGCGGACUUGGUCCUAUUCCAGUGUUUGGAUGGCCUCAAGUUCAUGUUCCCCAAGGCUAUGGCGAAGUUGAACAAGGAGGGUAAACACUCAAAGCUAUUUGAGCUGUACGAUGCCGUCGGGCAAAGACCCAAGAUCAAGGAAUACCUUGGGGGUCCUCGUCGGCAGAAGUACAGCAGUGGCCUCUAUCGUUACUAUGAGGAGUUUGACAUUGAAGGCUGAGCAUGCAAGACAAGUGAUUACUGCUGGCCGUGGGUAUAACUUACGGCUUGGAUUUGUCUAUCAAGCCGUCUACUUGAUGAUGGAGUCUGUAAAUCUAGGACGAAUAGAUGCGAGACAAUGUGCUGAUGUUCAUGUUGACUCAAGGUUUUCCCCGAACAACAAUUUAUGUUGUCUGGUCGAACCAUACCUACAUGGGCUGGGUAGUCCAUGCGGCAUCUGGGUUAUAAUGAUGACUUUCGUUCCCAGAAGCGAUCCUCCUAAGCAUGAAACUCGAGUCGGGCGAGUUCCGUCGCGUUUUGUUGGCUGGGCCUUACUCCCAGCUCUUACUGAUGGCUAUCCCCGUGGGUAGAGAUAUCAGGGAGGAGAUGAGUAUUACAUAUGCCGUAUGAUUCUAUACCAUUAGAACGGCCAACAAGUUCUAGCCGAUGCAUCAGAUGCAUAUCUGGGACCAAAUUCUCACUUUUACUUCGGGCGUUGGCCCCGCCUAGGUUGAAAGUAAGGAAUAGAAGGUCAAAGCAGGCGAUAUGGUAACUGUAACAGC